CGGCCAGCUCCCAGGGGUCCGAGGGGACCACUGGAGUCCGGAGGGCCUCCCCGUGGUCCCCUCUGGGACCGCGUGCCCUGAGGGGCUGGGACCUGGGCACCUGUCAGCCCUGGCACUGACUGUCCAGGGUUCCCCUCCUCCCUCUCCCGGCCACUGCCGCCUCCUGUCCCCUCCCCUCCCUUCUUCCUUCUCCUGGUCCCACCUCCAGCAGCCUCUCCCGUGGCUCCUCCUCACCUCUGUCCUCCUGGACUGUCCCGGCUCCUACCUUGCCUACGCUCACCUUUUUCCCCUUUCGGGACUGAGCGAGGACGAGCGGGGGUGGGUACAGCUGGGGCUUCGGGCACCACAGGCAGAGACUUUAGGCCCUCUCCCACGCUGCCAGCCCUCCGGUAACCCCUCCCUCCAAGCUGGGGGGGAGGGGGGGCAGCACCCAGAGGGUUAAGGCUGUAGGGGGGAGGGGCUGGGCCAGGUCGUGGGCGGCCCCUUUGAAGGAGGGAGCUGGAGCGGGGAACAGCCACCCCACCUCCCCCCCCCCCAGCCCGGCCCUCCCCCACCCCUCCCAACCUGCUCCCCCCAGGGGCCAAGAGGAGUUGCCGGAGAGGCCCCUCAGCGUUCAGAAAAAGAUGGGGAGCCCCGAGGACGACCUCAUCGGGAUCCCGUUCCCAGACCACAGCAGCGAGCUCCUGAGCUGCCUCAACGAACAGCGCCAGCUGGGCCACCUCUGCGACCUCACCAUCCGGACGCAGGGCCUCGAAUACCGCACCCACCGGGCCGUGCUGGCCGCCUGCAGCCACUACUUCAAGAAGCUGUUCACCGAGGGCGGUGGCGGCGCCGUCUCGGGGGCCGGGGGCGGCGGGCCGGCCGCCGGGGGGGCGGGCGCCGGCGUGUGCGAGCUGGACUUCGUGGGGCCCGAGGCCCUGGGCGCCCUGCUCGAGUUCGCCUACACGGCCACGCUGACGACCAGCAGCGCCAACAUGCCCGCUGUGCUCCAGGCCGCCCGGCUGCUGGAGAUCCCGUGUGUCAUCGCUGCCUGCAUGGAGAUUCUGCAGGGCAGCGGCCUGGAAGCCCCCAGCCCCGACGAGGACGACUGUGAGCGGGCCCGCCAGUACCUGGAGGCCUUCGCCACGGCCACGGCCACGGCCACGGCCGCGGGAGUUCCCGAUGGCGAAGACAGCCCCCCGCAGGCGCCCCGCCCACCCCCGCCCCCGCCGCCCCCUCGGCCCGUGGCCCGCCGCAGCCGCAAGCCCCGGAAAGCGUUCCUGCAGACCAAGGGGGCCCGGGCGAACCACUUAGUGCCCGAGGUGCCCGCGGUGCCCAGCCAACCCGUGACCUACGAGGAGGAGGAGGGGGCCAGGGUGGGUGGCAGUGCGGGCAGCGGGCCGGGGGACGGCUACAGCCCUCCAGCCGGGACUGCUUCACCCCCCGAGGGGCCCCUGACCUACGAGGCCUAUGAGGGUGAGGAAGAAGAGGAGGAGCCCGUGUACUCCACCGCCUACGGGCUGGCGCAGGGGGGUGGGCCCCCGCUGUCCCCGGAGGAGCUGGGCUCAGACGAGGACGCCAUCGAUCCUGACCUGAUGGCCUACCUGAGUUCGCUGCACCAGGACGCCCUCGCGCCGGGCCUGGACGGCCAGGACAAGCUGGUGCGCAAACGCCGCUCCCAGAUGCCCCAGGAGUGCCCCGUCUGUCACAAGAUCAUCCACGGGGCGGGCAAGCUGCCCCGCCACAUGAGGACCCACACGGGCGAGAAGCCCUUCGCCUGCGAGGUCUGCGGCGUCCGCUUCACCCGGAACGACAAGCUGAAGAUUCACAUGCGGAAGCACACCGGAGAGCGGCCUUACUCGUGCCCGCACUGCCCAGCCCGCUUCCUGCACAGCUACGACCUCAAGAACCACAUGCACCUGCACACGGGGGACCGGCCCUACGAGUGCCACCUGUGCCACAAGGCCUUCGCCAAGGAGGACCACCUGCAGCGCCACCUCAAGGGCCAGAACUGCCUGGAGGUGCGCACCCGGCGGCGCCGGAAGGACGACGCGCCACCCCACUACCCACCGCCCUCCGCCGCCGCCCCGUCCCCCGCGGGCCUCGACCUCUCCAACGGCCACUUGGACACCUUCCGCCUCUCUCUGGCCCGAUUCUGGGAGCAGUCAGCCCCUACCGGCCCUCCGGUCGCCGCCCUGGGGCCCCCUGAUGACGAGGAGGAGGAGGGGGCACCCAGUACGCCGCAGGCCGAAGGUGCCAUGGAGUCCUCUUAGAGAGGGCCGAGCGGCCGGGCUGGCGCAGCGCGAGGCCCGGCCGCCGCUGCCAAGCAGUGGGAGUGGGCGGGACGGACAGAGCCGGGGUCGGGGCUCUGGGCCUCCCCGGCUUCAGAGAUCUGCCCCUUCCCCCGCGCCCCCCAGAACCCUCAUUCCAGUUCCAAGCUGAGAAGGUUUUGGGGUAGAGGCUCCCCAGACUGGGGUGAUCUCCCAAGGAGUGACGCAGGAUAGUAUAUUUACAGCUCUAUUGUAAAGGUGGGGUCCCUAUCCCCAGCUGCUCCUGGGGAGUAGAAGCAAUAAUGUAUUUCUGAUUUGUGGGGUCCCUCUUCGGCUAUGCGGGUUUCCAGGGGGUGGGGGGCUUGGGACCAAAGUCUUGCCCCGCCCCCAUGCCCCUAGGGGUUUUGGCUGCGUCAGGGGGUGAAGGACCGCCCCUCCCUUCUCUUCCGAGACCCCUCCUUCCUGGUUUCUGUUCCCUUUUCCUGGCAGUGAAUUAUGCAAAGGGGGGCGGCGAAGGAAGGGUAGGUGGGGGAAAGCGAGGUAGAAGCUGGAAAGCCUGGGGGACUGGGCCCCGCAGGAAGGAGCCAUCCUCGCGCCCCCCCGCCCCCCGCCGCCCCCCGCCCCCCGCCAGGCUCCGAGCGCUGAGUCACGGGGUCCUGGAGGAGAAGGGGGCGGGGUGGCCUGAGUGGCUCGCCCGCCCCUGGGGGCAGCGGGAGGGGCCCGCUCCGCUCGGCUCUCCGCCCCGGCCCUGCCCUCCCCUCCCGCGUCCCCGGGCAGGGAAUGUCUUGUUCCCGCCGCUCCCUCCCCGGGGCCAGAGGGCAGGGCGGGCCGGGUGGCUCCUGCCCUCCUCUCCUCCUCCCGCCCAGGUGCGAGCCGGAGCCGCCGCCGGGCCGCCCCUGACUCACGCCGCCCCCGGGCUGGCGCGGCGCGGGCUCGGGGACGGGGUGAGGGGCUGCGGGCCUGCGGAGCGCGCGGGCGGGCGCCCCCUGGCGGCCGCUCCGGGGACCCGCGGGCGCGCCGCCGGGAGAGCGCCGAAGGGGUUCCGCUCCCAGACCCCUGCCGGCCCGGCCGCCCUGCGGGGGUCUCGGAGGGCAGCCCCCUCGCUCUUCCCUUAGGAUUGAAUCCACCCCGGUUCUGUACAUAGCCUCUUCUGUUGGUCUUGUUGAAAUCUAGUUUCAGAUUUUUAACUACCCAAUUCUGCUGGGGGUGGGGGCAACUGCCCCCCCUCCCGUCCUCGCUGGGUGCUGCCCCCCCUCCCCCCCCCCCCUUGCGGCCUGGGCUCUGCCUUGCACUAUUUCCCCUCCCUGGCCUGGCGGCCCCUCCCCCUCCUUAAAAGGGGCAGGUUAAGGGGCCCGGUGCUCUCCCUUCCUCCCAUGCACCCUCAUGCCCAUUUGCACAGCUGCCCAGGUACCCCCAAUAGUGAGGGGGUGUCACAGGGAGGGGGUAGCGGGACCAGUCCCUGUAUCUAUUUAAAAAGUGAUGAUGUAAUAUAUUAGGGUUGGGGGAGGUCAGGUGGCCCUGGGCCUCAUCUUAGCAUUUCAGGGGAUGGGGGAGCCCAGGGCUGGGGAGACCUGGGGCCUAGCCCCAGAGAGUGAGGACAAUGUGACCUCCCCCCUCCCCCCUUGCGGCUUCUCCACUCAGUGCCUUAGGGGGGGAGGCGAGUCCCCCCUCUCCUCUUCCCCUCCUCUUCCCCUGCCCCCACCUUGGGUGUAAGCGACAGGAAGAAAUAAUAAUAAUUUAAGAUUCACA